AUGGCGAGCCCAGUGUACAUGAGAAAAGAAUGGUAUGGCUCAAUCCUUCCAUCGAAUAUCACGGUUCCGCUUCCCACAGCAGCUGAACUUGUUUCCCUCUGCAAAGAAACCAAUCGCCAUGGUUAUACCAUAGGCGCUCCCUACCCCCGCGGCACUGAACCUCCCGUAUUCUGGAUCAAGUAUGGACCUUCGAUCGUUUGGAAUGAGCUUGCUGGUCGAAAAAAGGCACACGAUGGUUUGCGCAACCUCGAGUCACAAGUGAGGGCUCCAGCUAUCUAUUACGCUUGUCAGGUUGCCAUCCCGUAUAAAGAUGAUCCUAAUGGUUGGCCCGCGCACCGAACAUACGUGGUAAUGGAAUAUGUCCCGGGGAGAGCGGCUGCCCAACGAUUGCAAGAUGCACUCGAUGACGAUGCAAUGAAAGAUUUAAUAUACGCAAAGAUAGCUUUUGCCUUGUCAGAGUUGCAUCGCAUCCCAGUGCCCCAAGAUUCUCGGCCAGCGGCGGCGAAUGGAGGGCGCAUUCGUCACGAGCUCUUUGACGAUAACCAGGCUUCGCUCCACUACCGAAAUAUAGGUGAAUUGGAGCAACAUCUUGACUUGUUUCUUACCAUGAAAAAAGGCCAAUAUCGAAUCGAAAACCUUGCACAAGAGCCCAUGGUCUUCUGUUACUCUGACGUCUGGCUAGACAAUUUCAUAAUAGACGAUACGGACCGCAUUAUAGUGGUAAAUUUUGAAGAUGUCAAUAUCUUGCCAUCCAGCUUCUCCAAGUUUAUACUCGCCGGAACUCGGGACAAGAUAGGCCGGGACGUCAGACACAUGGUAGUUGUACCGGAAACAGAAGGUGUCGACAAUACAUCUGCUUUGAUUGCCGUCGCACGCCCAAUGAUGAUAGGAUCCGGGUCUUUUGCAAAGGCUGGCCGAAAGCUCCUGGGCUAUUAUACGAGGGAUGAGGAUGAUGUGGUGGACAAGACAGUCACAGACGCGCAAGGGGUUCCGGUGUAUGCCUUUAUGGAGCCGUCAGGCCCGCCAGACGUUCCUGUCCCAGUGUCGACGCCGCCAUUCAAGCAAUAA